GGUUGUCAAUACACAACCACACCAAAGGUAUCACUUGGGUAGGAUAUUUUUUUUAAAGGCGACUAGACAGACGCAGUCUAAUAAGUGAAAAUGGUGACACUCAAGCACACUGGAGAAUGUUUAGGAGUCAUUUGCGGACGAAGGCGCACGAAUACCGUCUCUGAAUCAGGCGUAGUGCAGGAAAAACAAACCUGCACACCAGUUCAGAAACCUCAGGCCGCGAGGCACCGAAAGCAGAAAAUCAUGACCAAACUCAGUGAUUCUGGUUUUGAGGAGGAUUUUCCCUUUGCGAGUCCUUCGCCUAUUCAGACACGCUGGCGUCACCCGGGCCCGGAGACAUCACGGAGUCUUCAUCGGCUGCUAUUAAAUUGGUAUCACAACUAUGGAGAGAUUGUUUACAACAUACAAAAAGACAAGGAGAAGCUAUUUCAUCCCUUCAAGUGUUUGGAACGUCAACCCCAGGUACGAAAUCGAACGGAAGCUGGGGUGACAGCCGAAGCUCGGUGUAAACUGGUCAGUUGGCUCAUUCCCGUGCACAGGCAUUUCCGCUUGUCAUUCGAGUGCUCCUGUCUAGCGGUGAACAUCAUGGAUCGCUUCCUGGCUUCGACACCUGUGGCUGCAGACUGUUUUCAGCUACUGGGUGUCACCACACUCCUACUCGCAAGUAAACAGGUGGAGGUCUUCUCCCCAAGAAUCAGCCAACUGCUCUCCCUCUGUUGCCAUGCCUUCUCCCGAGAGCAGCUCUGCAACCUGGAGUGCCUCAUUCUGCUCCGCCUCAAUUUCCGUUUAGCCGCGCCCACUUUGGCCUUCUUCCUGGACCACUACACCAAUCACAGCUUGGCCGGACAGGAAGUGGGCGGAGACGUGGAGGACAGCAGGCUGCCUGUGGACGGAGGAGAGGAGGGAGGGCAGUUACCGUCAGGUGCAGGCAGGUGCAGCAGCCUGGCUCGCAGGGUGUGUGAGCUGAGUUUGGCAGACUAUGCCUUUAAUAAGUACCCUCCUUCUUUGACGGCUCUCUGUGCAGUGAAGCUGGCCAAUGAGCUUCUGGAGAAGGGACAGGAUCUUGCUGAAUGCAUGGACCAAUCAGAGACUGAAGACAGGACAUGUGAUCCUGGAGAGGAGAGCGAUCAGGGACAUUGCAUGGAUGAACGUGAUCAUACCUCUGUUGAUAAUGAUCAAGCUUCGAUAUACAAGGAUCACACUUUAUCAGUGGGCGGCACUCAGUCAGUUACAGAACACACCCCGUUACCGGGUAGCCCCACCCUGAAUGACCUCACUCUGGGUUUGGAGGACAACACCCAUGGCCUUGCCCGGGAAUGCAGAGAUAACUUGAAACUGUUAGUGUCCCUGAACAAGGAAGCAUUGCUAGCUAUGAUAACAUUGUGACGUGAUUACCUCAAAAAAAGCUCAAUAAAAAUCUUUGCGAAUGGCACUGGUCUAGGUCACCUCAUAUACUUUAUCGAAUACAUUUGAUGUUCAUUUCCUUAUGAGUUAUUAUUGAUUCCGAUGUACUGAAGUAUUUAUUUGUGACUGUUCAGGUCAAGACAAUCUGUUAGUAAUUCUUUCUACAAUGCAUUGACAUGAGCUGUGUAAGAUGUUUCUGGAGAGUAUUUUCAAUUUGCACAAUGACUUAUGUUUUUGUCUGUCAGUAUGCAAUCAUUAUGAAAACGUUUACUGUGAAUGGAAACAGGUUGAGAACAUGUUCAAUAAAUCAUAAACAA